AUGGCAAAGCUAAUGACCUCAACAGCUCUAAUCUGCAUUCUUCUAGUGAUCAUAACCAAUGCAUUCUCCGGCUAUAUAACAGCCGCCACCAUCUCACUUGAAAAGGAAGAAGAUGCUUAUGAAGUUCGGGAAAUAUGCAAGUGGGAAGCUAGAAGAAAAGAUUUAAGCUCUUGUGAGAGUUAUGUAAGACAGUCAAGAACAAGGUCUGAAGAGACGUCAGCUAAGCAAAGAAUUGGAAACCGGCACCAUGUUCCUACGCAAUGUUGCGACCAAGCAUGGAAACUACAUCCUGUCUGUCAAUGUGAAGCAAUAAUGUAUCUAGCACAGAAGCAAGGACAUAUUGGAAGCCAAGAAUAUGAUGAGGCAGAACGUAGGGCUUUCAAUAUAAUUGAUGUUUGCUUUGGCUCGGUUUGCCCUCGUUAA